AUGCUCUUGGCGUUGAUGAUAAGACUCGGCGAGGGCAGGGAUGUAGGAUAUCUUGGGGUUCUGCACCACGGCUGGGUGAGGGUUCGGGCGCAGACGCUCAACAGGGGUGAGUAUGCACUGCGAGCCUGCGUCAGCCACCAAGCCUCUGUGAACCGAGCAUUGGCCAAGCGCGUUGGUGCCCUGGAGGAGAAGACAGUACAUCACCACGCGGCUGAGUCGCAGUCGAUAGGCGCCCCAGUCCCUCCACCAGAGAUUGCCACGCCUGUUUCAAAGAGCGACAUUCAGCGCUGA